AUGUCGCAUGUGUAGAAACGUCACUUGCCGCCUAAACUCAGCAUGAUCGUACCAAUCAAAAGAGAUGGUGAACUUGAAGAAUGGGCAAUUAUUGAAUUGCAAGGAGAUUUAAAAUUUCACUCCGCAGAAAUUACGAAUAAAUACAUCGGGGAUUUACACUUUACAAAAUCUGGUACACCUAUACUUAUAAUCGGGAUUUAUGUACUGCAUGGAAAGGAAGUGUCGCUUCCAAAACCUUUUGCUGUUUUAAUAAAAAAACAUAAUGAAAAUGAGAAUACAAUAGACACUUCUGAGAUAAAAACUGAAUAUGUUGUUAAAGCAGUUGUAAAAAAAAAAUUAAUUUUUAGAUCAAGGCCAAAACUUAUUAUAACAAAUGUUCCAAAGUGUAUUUAA